AUGUUUAAGAUUGACUGCAUGCAGCUGGUUGGUCUGAAUGACAAGGAUGGCUUAGUGUUGAGCUGGAAGCCGGACGGAUUUCUCAUAGAAAUGUCCCAACACAAGUUGGAUGGCCUGAGAUCUGAGUAUGAGUCUAAACUGGACUUGCUACGAGAUGAGCUUUCGAGAUCGAGACAGGGUGAGAUGUCGGAACAAAGCAUCAGAGACAUUUACCAACAGGAGAUGGAAUCGUUCAAAGGAAGUCUGAAUGAGGAACAUCAACAACAGUUAGAGCAAAUCUUACAAGCUGUAGGAGAAAUGAUCGGACAGAGAACUGACCGAUCAACAGACAAAAGACUGACCGAUCAACAGACAAAAUACCAGGUAAUUAACAGACUGACCGAUCAACAGACAAAAUACCAGGUAAUUAACAGACUGACCGAUCAACAGACAAAAUACCAGAGACUGACCGAUCAACAGACAAAAUACCAGGUAAUUAACAGACUGACCGAUCAACAGACAAAGUACCAGGUAAUUAACAGACUGACCGAUCAACAGACAAAAUACCAGGUAAUUAACAGACUGACCGAUCAACAGACAAAAUACCAGGUAAUUAACAGACUGACCGAUCAACAGACAAAGUACCAGGUAAUUAACAGACUGACCGAUCAACAGACAAAAUACCAGAGACUGACCGAUCAACAGACAAAAUACCAGGUAAUUAACAGACUGACCGAUCAACAGACAAAAUACCAGGUAAUUAACAGACUGACUGAUCAACAGACAAAAUACCAGGUAAUUAACAGACUGACCGAUCAACAGACAAAAUACCAGGUAAUUAACAGACUGACCGAUCAACAGACAAAGUACCAGGUAAUUAACAGACUGACCGAUCAACAGACAAAAUACCAGGUAAUUAACAGACUGACCGAUCAACAGACAAAAUACCAGGUAAUUAACAGACUGACCGAUCAACAGACAAAGUACCAGGUAAUUAACAGACUGACCGAUCAACAGACAAAAUACCAGAGACUGACCGAUCAACAGACAAAAUACCAGGUAAUUAACAGACUGACCGAUCAACAGACAAAAUACCAGGUAAUUAACAGACUGACUGAUCAACAGACAAAAUACCAGGUAAUUAACAGACUGACCGAUCAACAGACAAAAUACCAGGUAAUUAACAGACUGACCGAUCAACAGACAAAGUACCAGGUAAUUAACAGACUGACCGAUCAACAGACAAAAUACCAGGUAAUUAACAGACUGACCGAUCAACAGACAAAAUACCAGGUAAUUAACAGACUGACCGAUCAACAGACAAAGUACCAGGUAAUUAACAGACUGACCGAUCAACAGACAAAAUACCAGAGACUGACCGAUCAACAGACAAAAUACCAGGUAAUUAACAGACUGACCGAUCAACAGACAAAAUACCAGGUAAUUAACAGACUGACCGAUCAACAGACAAAAUACCAGAGACUGACCGAUCAACAGACAAAGUACCAGGAUGAAUUGAACCUACAGUUACAGGCCAUGCGACUGACCUUGGAACAGAUUUAUGAAGGUCAGAUUGAGGUGGUGGUCUCGGAACAGGAACAGCAGCGUCUGGCGGCUCUUCAGGAUCUACGUGACUCGCUGAACAAGGAGCAUGCAGACGAAAUGAGUCGAUUCGAGUCGGAGUGGAUGAGUCGCAUGUCUGAACUCGAAAGAGAGCACGAGGAUGAACUCAAUGACUCGCUGCUGGAGGACUCGCUGAUUGUCCAGACAAUAGAGAUUGAUGUUCCUAAAGGCUCCGAGUCUGCUCAGUCAAUCAUGCUUCAUAAACUCAACAAAAAACUCAGUGAGGAACACAAACAGCUGCUAAAGAAGAUCUCGGAGGGUCUAGAGAGAAAUGAACCGAAACUCCGGUCACCCAGGAAAUCUCGUCACACUCAGGGUCAGCAGACGGACUCAGAGGACGGCGAGACGGACAGCAUCCGGUCACUUCCUGUCACUGGUCAAGAGUUCCUCCACCUGGACCAACGAGAGGAAGUCUUGCAUAAUGUUCAGGAUGUCCAGCAGACUUUGGAGACACAGCGUGAGGAAAUCGCGACGCUUCGUUCUCAGAUGUUAGAGGAGUAUGAACAACUCUUAACAAUCCGAGCAGAAGUGAUGGCAACACAGACACAGGAAGUGGAGAAACUCCAGCGAGAGAUGGAACAACUUCAGCAGAGUUACCAGGAGCAGAUCCGGACGUUCCAGAAGAAGGUGGAAGAACAGUCAGAGGAAGCAAUGCAGAACAAAUUAAUGGAAGAACAUGAAAAAGAAACCCAGGAGUUACGAGACCAGUAUGAAUCUCAAUUAACAGAACUACAGGCAAAGCUAGACACUACCACACAGGAAAUGACAUCACUUAAGGAGGAAGUGACAUCUCUGCAACAGGAAAUGACACCACCUGCUGAUGAUCAGAAAGAUUCAUGAAGGACACUGAUGAGGAAAGCAGUGAAAAGUGUGAAGAUAAUGUAACCAUGUCAACGGCAGAUUACAUAAACAGGGUGCAGGAACUGCAAUCACAGCUGGCAGAUAAGUCUACUGAAAUUGACGAACUGCAAGAAAAAUAGAGCUAGAAUCCAGCUCAAUAUAGAACUGCGAGAGAAAAUGACCUUGGACAGUAAACAAGGUCGUAGAGAUGAAAAAAUGAUGCUGGAAAAACACAGUCAUAUUGAAGAAAGUAACAUUAACUGAAGGA